GACCAGGGAUCUUGCCGGCGCUGAGCCAAUGAAAAGGGUCACAAGGGCACAACAAGCCCUUUCACUUGCUGCAUACUGAACUACUGUGUAUGACUCUGCUGCAAGAUCACCUUGUUGGACUCAAAAGAUAACCAUACAGUACCUACUGGAUCCGCUCCCAUAACACGCGCGCUUGCAUAUCUUCGUCCCUGACAAGGACACUCAUAAUCCGAGAACCCCUCCACCAAUCAACAACGGCUCCUCACACCCCACCUCAGGCGCCUGUCUCCCCCUCGCGCGCAAGCACAAAUCCACCCUCACCACUCAGUAUUGCGAGUAGACUCACGACUGCCAGUGCUAUACUCUGGGAUCCAAAGUAUACCUCCAGGUGCGUCUCUUCGCGUGUCUCUCAAAUCGGCAACUGGGGGAAAAGCGAGCCCGCUAACCGUCAACCAAGGCCACCACCAGGCAGUCUUAGGCCAACCCACGUCGGUACUCUAGCCUUGGGAAAUCGGACAGACUCGACAAUCAGUGUUCGUGACCUUGGCGGUGGCCAGGCGAUACAAACAGGCGCCAUGUCAAGCAACAGGAAUCCCAGCUCUUUUCAGCAGUUGGAGAAGCUUGGUGAAGGUACUUAUGCCACUGUCUUCAAAGGGCGCAAUCGCCAGACGGGAGAGUUUGUUGCCUUGAAGGAAAUUCACCUUGACAGCGAAGAAGGGACGCCCUCAACCGCGAUUCGAGAGAUCUCGUUGAUGAAAGAGCUCAAACAUGAAAACAUAGUUUCACUCCACGAUGUAAUACACACUGAGAACAAGCUUAUGCUCGUGUUUGAGUACAUGGACAAGGAUCUGAAGAAGUUCAUGGAUGCGCGAGGUGAGCGAGGCGCGUUGGACAGUGCUACUAUCAAAAGCUUCAUGUGGCAGCUGCUAAAAGGGAUUGCAUUCUGUCAUGAAAAUAGAGUCCUUCACAGAGACUUGAAGCCACAGAACUUGUUGAUCAAUGCGAAGGGACAGUUGAAGCUGGCGGAUUUUGGUCUAGCAAGGGCCUUCGGCAUUCCGGUGAACACCUUUUCAAAUGAGGUCGUCACGUUGUGGUAUCGCGCUCCAGACGUCCUCCUUGGUUCUCGAACAUACAAUACAAGCAUCGACAUUUGGUCGGCCGGUUGUAUAAUGGCAGAGAUGUAUACGGGUCGCCCGCUCUUUCCGGGUACGACCAAUGAAGACCAGCUACAGAAGAUAUUUCGACUGAUGGGCACUCCUUCGGAGCGCACUUGGCCGGGCAUCACACAAUUCCCAGAAUACAAGACCAACUGGCCAAACUAUGCUACACAAGAUCUCCGCGUCAUUCUACCUCAGAUUGACCAAACAGGUCUGCAGCUUUUAGGAAGCAUGCUUCAGCUCCGGCCAGAGCUCAGGAUCAGUGCCGCAGAUGCUCUCAAACAUCCAUGGUUCGCGGACUAUAAUGGUCUGAAUAGGCCUCAAAUACCGGCUCAAGUAACCUCGAAUCAGCAGCCAAUGUAUGGGCAGAACAGUGUGCCUAGUGCACAAGGAGGUGGAUAUGCUCGGCUUAAUCAGCCAGCUUAUGGUCCUGCAUAAUAGACGAGACUUGUAUCUUCCACGUAUUUCUCGUCGUCUUUAUAGCAUGGCGCAAGUUUGAAAACUUAUGCACACAGAAAAGACGAGCAAGGGUUGCGUGAAACGGCCAACACAUUUGAUGACCUUUUGGGCUUCUUGUAGCAUCUUCCAAUAACAAUGCGGUUGCUGAUACAGCUCAAACUACUCGUUAGAAUUGGCUUUCUGAUGUCUGUAUUCUUCCAAUGUCUUUGGGUAAUGAUUGCAAUUGAAUAGUCCUAUAAUUUCCAAACGGCCUAUAACCAAAACGCUGAUUUAUAACGCUCAUACGCAAUGCGAUUUCAGGCUGAUUGGAAAAAGGCACAUGCAUGGGAUGGCGUACGAGGUCGAUGUUUAGCAUAUUCAUUUCAUAAUUUGUAGG